GUCUUCUGCAUGCGCCGUCUCUGUCACGGCAGACUACACAAGCGGGGUAGAAAAUGCUUUUUGAAGCAUGGAUACUUUUCCUACUUGCUAUGACACUUCCUGAUGCCAUCCUGGGAAUCACGACAUCUCAGCAGAGUUUAUCAGCAGUAAGUGCUUCAUCAAAAGAUGGAAGAACAGCACGAAAACCAAGAGAGAAUUGUAGGUCAGCAAUUGAAUCAGCAAUGGAUUUGAUUAGCAAGCGGAACAUACAACAACCUAAUUUUAAUGGAAGCUUUCUAGAUCUUGCUGGUUAUGCUCUUCAUCAGCCACUCCGUUCAGCACCAUUUGAUAUGUAUGUGACUGAAAUGCGCAUAAAAAUGCCAGCUCAAGCAGUUUGGUUUGAGGUUGAACAUUGCCACUGGGAGCCUCAUAAACGUACACUAGAAACUCGUUUAGGUUUUUCAGAGCUCAGUGUUACAGGUGCAGUGAAAUUAUAUGAGGGAGAUUUCAUAAAAAACACACCACAUCCAUUGCCAACUGAUGUCUGUAAUGUAACGAUGCGCAUGAAACGAGCUGGACUGCAGAUUUCUGCUCAGCCACGUGUAUUGUCCAGUAGCAACAGAGGUAUUGCAGAUAUAGCUAUGGACAGUCAGUUUUUGCAACCUGAAUUUGUGAGUGUAUAUGUUUAUGGCUGUCAUCCUCCAGGCCGAGAGCACCGUGAGGAGACAGUUAUAGGAGAAAAGCAAAAUUCAGCAAAAAACCGUGCUACUGAAGAUACAACACAGGAAAUGGAACAAGUGUUUCUAAAAGGCAUUCAGUCACUUCUCAAGACUUAUCUUGGAAAGCAGCUUCAGCAGACUUUGAAGAACAUUGUUAUGAGAAAUAUGGGCUACACUGUUUCAUAUGGAAGGUAGUGAUGUAGGUUCACAGUUAUUAAAUGUUAUCAUACCUACAUAUUUUAACUAUAAAUACAUCCAGUAUCAGUGAUUUACUUUUUUUAAUGUGUGCUGUGGGAAUGACUUGCAUACAUAAGCAGUUUGAUAAAUUUUCAGAUUUAAUUUUGAUUAUAUGUUUAGAUCUUUGAAAAUUACAGUAUCUACUUAAGUCAUACCACUAUGUCUCUAAGAACUUGGUCAUAACCAGUCAGUGCUUUCUGCUAAAGUGAAAAAACAAUGUAUUGAAACAUGUGAACAGUAGUUUCAGAUUUUCCACAUGUAUCACAGCUAAUG